GACCUGGUCACAGACACACUGGAUACGGAAAUGCCCCCGCUGGGCCUCACUUGGUUAACAAGAACGCUGGGUCCCACACAUGAAAACACCCACAGCCUUGGCUAACGAUGUCCCACCACCCUCCUCCCACCUUCUCUGAUGUGGCAGGAACAGAGAUGUAAUUGAGAGCCUUGGGCCCUGACAUAAGGCAAGAUAUACUCUGAGAUGACUCUCUGUCCCCUCAGAAGAACAGCCGCCCAUCUGAAAGGAGGUCUGCACCCAGAACUGGGCACCCGCAAGGUCACCUUGAAGGGUCUGCGGAGAACUCAGUGUCCCGGUGGCCUUGGGCAGCUGCAUUACUGGAUCGAGAUGACCACAGCCACCCCUUUGGGGGGUACUACCUUCUUCUCCUUGAACGUGACUACCAGAGAAGAAGACUUUCUGUAUAAGAGUUCUGGAGCCAUCGUUGCUGCCAUUGUGGUGAUUGUCAUCAUCAUCUUCACCGUGGUUCUGAUCCUGCUGAAGGUGUAUAACAGGAAAAUGAGGACGAGGCGGGAGCUGGAGCCCAAGGGGCCCAAGCCAGCCUCCCCUUCCGCCUUGGGCCCAAACAACAACAGCACCCAACACCCUGCUACUGUGACCUUCAGCCCUGUUGACGUCCACGUGGAGACUCGGUGACCCCCCCCCCCACCUUGGUGCUUUCUUGGCCACCGUCCAAAGAGCCUUCUCCAGUCAAGACCCAGAUGCACAUUUCUCCUCUGGCAGCUUCACUAUGAAUUCCUUCCAGGGUUGGGUCAACAAGGGGCAUCUCAUGCAAUUCCGGAUGCUUCAGGCAACCCCCAACCCUGCCCUGCCCUGCCCCGCCCUAGCUGUGUCCCUGUCCCUGGUGCCACCCUUGCAAAAAGCUGUGGGACAUUCUUUUGUGCUCUGAUGAGGUAGAGCUCUGUUGGGAAUCCACUGAGUGGGUGUGGCUCUCUCUCCCAAACACAGUUGCUAGAAAGACAGCCAAGGAGUCUUCUGGUCAAGAGUCGGGGGUCAGAGCAGCUCCCGAGAGCCCGGUCUGCCACUGGGGUCCUAUCAGAAUAAGGGUUAUAGCUCUGCUCAAAAUGUUCAAUGCCAUUCAUCAGGCACAGGGGAACUCACUUGGGCUAACCAACCAAAAAACCAACUUGUUAAUUUAUAACUUGUUCCGGUACUAGGUGACCGCUAGCUAGCUCGUGACAAAUGGUCAGCAGAUUUCUCUGUCUUUAAGAAAGGCUAUGGGAAAGACAAUUAUUCUCGAAAGUUUUCUACUUCCUUUAGUAAAGAGUCAGAGGAGAAGGAAUAGGGUGACCUUGAGGAAUGAUGGCCUCUGGGGCAAAAGCCUGUUGCGAUAUCCUGGGGUGGGGUCAGAGCCCCUCCUCUCCCUUUGGGGCUGGAUUGAGCCUGACUCAGGUCUCAUUUCUUGGCUUCCCUCUGUUUGGAUUCUGAGCAAUCCUCUCUCUCCAGGUCACACCUUCCCUCCAAGGACCAGUAUUAGAGACUGAUAAGAUUACAACUCCUUUAUGUUAUCUGUGUCCUUCCCCGUUAUCUGUAUCCUUCCCGGUUAUCUGUAUCCUUCCCAGUCACCUGUGUCCUUCCCAGUUACCUGUGUCCUUCCCAGUCGCCUUGCAGAGAUUCAGGGAACAUUCAAAGCACCACAUUCGCAAACCAUUUUUCUGUACAGAGCUGAUCUCCUUAGCCCAGAGAACAAUCUAUUGAGAGGGGAAAGCAUUUUGAAAUUAAGAAAGCUUGCCUUCCAAGCCCUACCUCCUGGUUGUGUGGCCUUGGAAGAGUCCGUGAGCGCUCCAUAUCGGGUUUGCUAACCAUAAGACUCACAGACUUACUUUAAUUAGUCAAGAACUUGGUAGAGUAGCUCGGGUGGCGCCUGGCACUCAGGAGACGCUUAAUAAAUGAGAGCCCGCAUUAUUGUUACAGUAUUUCUUCAAUUGCGAGACAUUUGUUCCCAUGUUAAUGAUUCUGAAAUCAGAAUAUGUCUUAAAAUGGGUAGGUCCAUUAAUGUAGUAUUUUUUUCUCUCUCCAAAAGCUGUUGUUUAAUCAGUUGUGCACCUUACAAUUGAAGGCAUCUUGGAAACAAGGUAAUAAAUCUUUACUCUGUUGCAGAAAAUGACACACUCUGACCUUUAACCUCAAAUUGGAGGGGUCUCUUCCUCUUGGAGUCAGAAAUCUCUUCUGAGGGCAAAUUGAGGGUCAGGAAGGUAAGAAGGCUGACCCAAGGUCACAGAGUCAUGUCAUCCCACUAUAAAAAUGCUCACUUGGAUAUGUCUAGAAAAAACCUGGCAAAUUCUUCCUCCCCAAACAUCUUGUCUCCCUACUGUGUUUAAAUAUCCACCAAGCAACCAGGUACUUGGCAAGAUGCUUUCACAUAAAUUACCUCAUUGGACUUAUUUUUCUCAAUAACCCUGGGAGGAAUUAUUUGUUCUGUUGGCAGGUAAGAAUUGCAAACUCCACGAGAAAGGUACUUGUCCACAGUCACACAGCUAGUUAAGUUGCAAAGAGAAGACGCAAACCCACGUCUUUGACUCCAAAGUCCCUCUCUCUGUUGUACCACAUUCUUCCCUAACAUCCUGGCUCAAAAAACAUGGGUUCUUUUAUGGGCCGAACAGGAGGACAGGCUUGUCCAUGUGUCUGAGAGCAGAGGUCAGGAGUCUGGCUUCCAAACUGACAAUAGCGGCAAAGCUACUUUGAUAGCCCCCUUUGGGCUCCCAUGAUUGGGGCCAAAGGACCCCUUUCAGAGCCCAUCAAAGCUUUAAGGAUUCCUUUUUCAUUUCCUGUAGACCUUAUGCCCAAGGAGCAAGGGAUGGAAUGCCAUCCCACCAGGGAAAGCCAUUUCCUGAAGGACUCAAACCCCAAAUAGAUAUGUUUCCCUGAAGUGUUCUGCUUUAGAAAAAAUGUUUGUUUGUUUGUUUGGAAUGUUCCAUCCCUAAAACCAAACUCUUCUGCCCGUACUGGAAUCUUCCUGGAAUUACUAGAGGAAUUAUCCCUUGUUAUAUGUCCUUUUGCUAAAUGAAAGCUUGGAAGUGGAGUGGGGGGAGAGAUACAGAGGUAAGGGGAGGCCAAGAAAGGGGCUUUAGUGUUUUGUUUUUACUAAUGAAGAUAACUCAAUAAACAUCUUUUGAGCGCUCCUAUGUGCAAGUCGAGGUGCUACUAAACACAGUGUCACGGUCCCCACUCUCAAGGAGUCUGCGGCCGGUCUCCUGGGACAGGGAUCUCGCAACACAGUGGAGUAUCUCACUUCUGACAGGUGCCUUUCCUAACUGAGCAGAUGCCGCCUUAUUCGGCCACUGAAUCGAUAAAAGAUAUGAAACACCUAAAGAAAAAUGCCUAAAAAUAAAGAGACUUA